CAGACUGGCAUGGUGGGGUACCCCGAGGCUCUCACCGAUCCCUCCUACAAGGCGCAGAUCCUGGUGCUCACCUACCCGCUGGUCGGUAACUACGGAGUGCCCCGGGACGAGCCCGACGCCUUCGGCCUCAGCAAGUGGUUUGAGUCCAGCAAGAUCCAUGUGGCCGGGCUGGUGGUGGGCGAGUGCUCAGAGACCCCCAGCCACUGGAGCGCCGCGCAGUCCCUGGAGCAGUGGCUGAAGGAGCAGAACAUCCCUGGGCUGCAAGGGGUGGACACCCGGGCGCUGACAAAGAAGAUCCGUGAGAAGGGGACGCUCCUGGGGAAGCUGGUGCCGGAUGGGACCCCCGAGGAGAGCCUCUCCUUCGAGGACCCCAACACAAAGCACCUGGUGCAGGAGGUGUCACUGAAGGUGCCACAGGUGUUCAACCCGGGCGGGUCACUGCGAGUCACUGCCCUCGACUGCGGCCUGAAGAACAACCAGAUACGGUGCCUGUGCAAGCGGGGGGCCACUGUCACUGUGGUGCCCUGGGACCACCCGCUGGACCCUGCGGACUUUGACGGGCUGUUCAUCAGCAAUGGCCCUGGGGACCCACAGCUCUGCCAGGAGACAGUGUCCAACCUGUGCCGGGUGCUGGAUGCACCGCAGCCCAAGCCCAUUUUUGGGAUCUGCCUGGGACACCAGCUGCUCGCCCUGGCCCUCGGUGCCCGCACCUACAAGAUGAAGUACGGGAACCGUGGGCACAACCAGCCGUGCCUGCACGAGGACACGCGGCGCUGCUUCAUCACGGCGCAGAACCACGGCUUCGCGGUGGAGGCGGGCAGCCUCCCGCCCGUGCGGCAGCGCCUGCAGGAGUGGCUGAGCUACACCAAGGCACCAGCGGGGGACUCGGACGCAGCCCGGCCCCGCAAGGUGCUGAUCCUGGGCUCCGGCGGCCUUUCCAUCGGGCAGGCAGGAGAGUUCGAUUACUCGGGCUCACAGCUGCGGGAUGGGCACGGCAGCGCCCGCACAGUGCGGCAGCGCCUGCAGGAGUGGCUGAGCUACACCAAGGCACCAGCGGGGGACUCGGACGCAGCCCGGCCCCGCAAGGUGCUGAUCCUGGGCUCCGGCGGCCUUUCCAUCGGGCAGGCAGGAGAGUUCGAUUACUCAGGCUCACAGGCCAUCAAAGCACUGAAGGAGGAGAACAUCCAGACGGUGCUGAUCAACCCCAACAUCGCCACAGUGCAGACCUCCAAGGGGCUGGCGGACAAGGUGUACUUCCUGCCCAUCACCCCUGAGUACGUCACCCAGGUGAUCCGGAACGAGCGGCCUGAUGGGAUCCUGCUGACCUUCGGGGGGCAGACUGCCCUCAACUGUGGCGUGGAGCUGACCAAGGCGGGCGUUCUGGAGCGGUACCACGUGCGGGUGCUGGGCACCCCCGUAGCCUCCAUUGAGAUGACAGAGGAUCGCAAGGUCUUCGUGGAGAAGAUGGAGGAGAUUGGGGAGCACGUGGCGCCCAGCGAGGCUGCUGCCUCCCUGGAGCAGGCACAGGCUGCAGCUGAGCGCCUGGGGUACCCGGUGCUGGUGCGCUCUGCCUACGCCCUGGGGGGGCUGGGCUCCGGCUUCGCCAACGACCGGGAAGAGCUGGUGGCUCUGGUGAGCCAGGCCUUCACCCACACCUCCCAGGUGCUGGUGGACAAGUCCCUGAAAGGCUGGAAGGAGAUUGAGUACGAGGUGGUGCGAGAUGCCUACAACAACUGCAUCACGGUGUGCAACAUGGAGAACCUGGACCCGCUGGGGAUCCACACGGGCGAGUCCAUUGUGGUGGCGCCAAGUCAGACCCUCAAUGACACUGAGUACUUCAUGCUGAGGCGCACGGCCAUCAAGGUGGUGCAGCACCUGGGCGUCGUGGGCGAGUGCAAUGUCCAGUUUGCCCUGAACCCCGAGUCAGAGCAGUACUACAUCAUCGAGAUGAAUGCCCGGCUGUCCCGCAGCUCGGCGCUGGCCAGCAAGGCCACUGGUUACCCGCUGGCCUAUGUGGCUGCCAAACUUGCCCUGGGCAUCCCCCUGCCCCUCCUCAGGAACUCUGUCACCAACUCCACCACGGCCAGCUUUGAGCCCAGCCUGGACUACUGUGUGGUGAAGAUCCCGCGCUGGGACCUCAGCAAGUUCCUGCGCGUCAGCACCAAGAUCGGCAGCUCCAUGAAGAGCGUGGGGGAGGUCAUGGCCAUCGGGAGGAACUUUGAGGAGGCGUUCCAGAAGGCUCUGAGGAUGGUGGACGAGAACUGCGUGGGCUUUGAUCACACCUUGAAGCCGGCCUCAGACAUGGAGCUGGAGACGCCGACGGACAAGCGGAUCUUCGUGCUGGCAGCGGCGCUGGAGGCCGGCUACUCCAUCGAACGGCUCUACGAGCUGACCAAGAUUGACCGCUGGUUCCUGCACAAGAUGAAGAACAUCACGGACCACGCGGUGCUGCUGGCGUCGUACCGCGGCGAGCAGGGCACCAUGCCGCCCGCCGUGCUCCGCACCGAGCUGGCCGUGCGGAAGAUGCGGCACGACCUGAAGAUUCUGCCGGUGGUGAAGCAGAUCGACACUGUGGCGGCAGAGUGGCCGGCCCAAACCAACUACCUGUACCUGACCUACAACGGCUCUGAGCACGACCUGGCCUUCCGGGAGCCCCACGUCAUGGUCAUCGGCUCUGGCGUCUACCGCAUCGGCAGCAGCGUCGAGUUUGACUGGUGUGCUGUCGGCUGCAUCCAGGAGCUGCGCAAGAUGGGCUUCAAGACAAUCAUGGUGAACUACAACCCUGAGACAGUGAGCACCGAUUACGACAUGUGCGAUCGCCUCUACUUCGACGAGAUUUCCUUUGAGGUGGUGAUGGACAUCUACGAGCUGGAGAACCCCGAGGGAGUGAUCCUGUCCAUGGGCGGGCAGCUGCCCAACAACAUCGCCAUGGCGCUGCACCGGCAGCAGUGCCGCAUCCUGGGCACCUCCCCGGAGGCCAUCGACUCGGCCGAGAACCGCUUCAAGUUCUCGCGCCUGCUGGACCACAUUGGCAUCAGCCAGCCCCUCAUCGACUCGGCCGAGAACCGCUUCAAGUUCUCACGCCUGCUGGACCACAUCGGCAUCAGCCAGCCCCUCUGGAAGGAGCUCUCCGACAUGGAGUCAGCCAAGCAGUUCUGCUGCAAGGUGGGCUACCCGUGCGUCGUGCGCCCUUCCUACGUGCUGAGUGGCGCUGCCAUGAACGUGGCGUACUCGGACUGCGAUCUGGAGAAGUUCCUGAGCAACGCUGUGGCCGUGUCCAAGGAGCAUCCUGUUGUCAUUUCCAAGUUCAUCCAGGAGGCCAAGGAGAUCGACGUGGACGCGGUGGCCUGUGACGGUGUGGUGGUGGCCAUCGCCAUCUCGGAGCACGUGGAGAACGCUGGGGUGCACUCAGGUGAUGCCACGCUGGUGACCCCCCCGCAGGACAUCACCCCCAAGACACUGGAGCGCAUCAAGGCCAUUGUCCACGCCAUCGGGCAGGAGCUGCAGGUCACAGGGCCCUUCAACCUGCAGCUCAUCGCCAAGGAUGACCAGCUGAAGGUGAUAGAGUGCAACGUUCGUGUGUCCCGCUCCUUCCCCUUUGUCUCCAAGACGCUGGGCCAGGACUUGGUGGCUCUGGCCAGCCAGGUGAUCAUGGGUGAGGAUGUGGAGCCCGUGGGGCUGAUGACGGGCACAGGCAUCGUUGGUGUCAAGGUGCCCCAGUUCUCCUUCUCACGCCUGGCGGGCGCCGAUGUGGUGCUGGGCGUGGAGAUGACCAGCACGGGCGAGGUUGCCUGCUUUGGGGAGAACCGCUGCGAGGCGUACCUGAAGGCCAUGCUCAGCACCGGCUUCAAGAUCCCCAAGAAGAACAUUCUGCUGACCAUCGGCAGCUACAAGAACAAGAGUGAGCUGCUGCCCACCGUGCGGAGGCUGGAGAGCCUCGGCUACAACCUGUAUGCCAGCCUUGGCACCGCCGACUUCUACACCGAGCACGGCAUCAAGGUGAAGGCUGUGGACUGGCACUUCGAGGAGGCAGACAGCAGCGAGCCUGGUGCCCGGGAGAGCCAGCGCAGCAUCCUGGACUACCUGGCCGAGAACCACUUUGAGAUGGUCAUCAACCUCUCCAUGCGCAGCUCGGGGAGCCGCCGGCUCUCCUCCUUCGUCACCAAGGGCUACCGCACCCGGCGCCUGGCUGUCGACUACUCCGUGCCCCUCAUCAUCGACAUCAAGUGCACGAAGCUCUUCGUAGAGGCACUGAGCCAGAUUGGGGCAGCCCCCCCACUGAAGGUGCAUGUGGACUGCAUGACAUCCCAGAAACUCAUCCGUCUGCCAGGCCUGAUCGAUGUGCACGUCCACCUCCGUGAGCCGGGGGGCACCCACAAGGAGGACUUUGCCUCAGGCACGGCGGCCGCCCUGGCUGGGGGGGUCACUAUGGUGUGUGCCAUGCCCAACACCAGCCCUGCUGUCACCGAUGCCACCUCUUUCGCUUUGGCACAGAAGUUGGCUGAGGCUGGGGCCCGCUGCGAUUUUGCUCUCUUCCUGGGGGCUUCCUCGGACAACGCUGGCACUCUGGGACCCCUGGCCGGGGCCGCCGCUGGGCUCAAGAUGUACCUGAAUGACACCUUCUCCAGCCUGAGGAUGGACGACGUGUCGCUGUGGAUGGAGCACCUGCAGCAGUGGCCGCGGCACCUGCCCAUCGUGGCGCACGCCGAGCGGCAGACGGUGGCCGCCGUGCUGAUGGUGGCCCAGCUGUUCCAGCGUCCUGUGCACAUCUGCCACGUGGCGCGCAGGGAGGAGAUCCUCCUCAUCAAGGCGGCCAAGCAGAGAGGGAUCCCCGUGACGUGCGAGGUGGCCCCACACCACCUGUUCCUGAGCCGGGACGACCUGGGGCGCCUCGGGAAGGGCCGAGCGGCCGUGCGGCCGGAGCUGGGCACCCGCCAGGACGUGGAGGCGCUCUGGGACAACAUGGACAUCAUCGACUGCUUUGCCACUGACCACGCACCCCAUACGCUGGAGGAGAAGCAGGGGCAGGAGCCGCCCCCGGGGUACCCUGGCCUGGAGACGAUGCUGCCGCUGCUGCUGACGGCCGUCUCUGAGGGGCGGCUCAGCAUGGAGGACAUCGUGCAGCGCCUCUACGAGAACCCUCGCAAGAUCUUCGGGCUGCCGCCGCAGGAGGACACCUAUGUGGAGGUGGACCUGGAGCACGAAUGGAUCAUCCCCAGCAGCACAGUCUUCUCCAAGGCUCGCUGGACGCCCUUUGAGGGCAUGCAGGUGAAGGGGACAGUGCGGAGAGUAGUCCUGCGUGGGGAGGUUGCCUACAUCGAUGGGCAGGUGCUGGUGCCCCCUGGCUAUGGGCAGGAUGUGAAGAAGUGGCCCUCAGGAGCUGCCCUGCUGCCACAGGGGGCCCCCACCAAGGAGAGUGUGAAGAGCGCUGAGCAGUCCCGGCACAUGGCUGGUGACAUGCUGCGUGGACGAGCCCCCAGCCCGCGCCGGCCCGGCCCCGCGGGCGACUCCUCACGCUUCCACCUCCCGCCCCGCAUCCACCGAGCCUCCGACCCCGGGCUGCCAGCCGAGGACGCUCGUGAGAAGGGCAGCAGGAAGGCAGCGGAGCUGGAUCCGGCGGUGGUCCAGGACAGCCAUUUCCACCCACUGGGCCCUGUCCCGCGCCAGGCGUCCCCGCAGCGCGCCCCCCAGACCUCCCCGCUGCUGCACCCCCUGGUUGGGCAGCACGUCCUCUCCGUGCAGCAGUUCUCCAAGGAGCAGCUGUCCCACCUGUUCAACAUCGCACACACCCUGCGCAUGCUGGUGCAGAAGGAGCGCAGCCUGGACAUCCUCAAGGGGAAGGUGAUGGCCACCAUGUUCUACGAGGCGAGCACACGGACCAGCAGCUCCUUUGCAGCCGCCAUGAGCCGGCUGGGCGGCUCUGUGCUGUCCUUCUCCGAGGCCACGUCCUCGGUGCAGAAGGGCGAGUCGCUGGCUGACUCCGUGCAGACCAUGUGCUGCUACGCUGACGUGCUGGUGCUGCGGCACCCCCAGCCCGGCGCUGUCGAGCUGGCCGCCAGGCACUGCCGCAAGCCGGUGAUCAACGCGGGGGACGGCGUGGGGGAGCACCCCACGCAGGCGCUGCUGGACAUCUUCACCAUCCGCGAGGAGCUGGGCACAGUCAAUGGCAUGACGAUCACCAUGGUGGGUGACCUGAAGCACGGGCGCACGGUGCACUCCCUGGCGCGCCUGCUCACCCAGUACCGCGUCAACCUGCGCUACGUCACCCCGCCCGGCCUCCGCAUGCCCCCCGACAUCACCAGCUUCGUGGCCUCCCGGGGCAUCCAGCAGGAGGAGUUUGGGAGCAUCGAGGAGGCGCUGCCGGACACAGAUGUGCUCUACAUGACCCGCAUCCAGAAGGAGCGCUUCCAGCAGCCCGAGGAGUACGAGGCCUGCUUCGGGCAGUUCAUCCUCACACCCCACAUCAUGACCCGGGCCAAGGAGAGGAUGGUGGUGAUGCACCCCCUGCCCCGUGUCAACGAGAUCAGGUGGGGAGGGGGGAACAGGGGCAGGGAGGGGAACAGGUUGGGAGGGAGUACCUGGGCGGGGACCCCCGUGUGUCCCCCGGACCGCUCCCGGCCCGGGAGGUCUGUGCUGGUGGGGACAGCGCAGCGCUCACACUGCGGCGGUGUCCUGGGGCCCCUCUCCCCUGGAGAGGGGGCGUGCUGA